GGCCGGAUUCCACGUGUCUCUGGACCCGGCUAGGGUUGGGAUGUUGCAGGCGGCGGGAUGUCCUGGUCCGGCCUUCUCUGUGGCCUCAGCACAUUCCUAAAUCAUGGCCUAGCCCUGGCCUCCUUGCCUUGGGCCACGCGUCCCACAGCCACCCUGAACCAGAUGCACCACCGGGGACCUCUGAAGUAUCCGCCUGCGAAAGUGGGCCCCUCGGCUGGCCGGCAGCAGCUGAAGGGCGCGGUCCUGAGUACGUUCAUCUGCAAGCCUAAGAAGCCCAACUCGGCCAACCGCAAAUGCAGCCACGUGCAGCUCAGCACUGGUCGGGAGGCUGUCUGCUUCAUUCCCGGAGAGGUCCACAGCCUACAGGAGCACCACGUCAUGCUCGUGCAGGGCAGCUGCAGGCAGGACCUGCCAGGCGUCAAGUUCACCGAUGUGCGCAGCAAGUACGACUGUGGCCACGUGCAGAAGAAGUGA